UAGACUUUAGUUUUUGUAAGGUGUUAGAUCUAGAUUGUCUCGCUUACAUGGAGAAGAAAGAUAAUAGGCUUCACAUAGCAAUCUUCCCUUGGCUAGCUUAUGGCCAUGUUAAGACAUUCUUUGAGCUCUCCAAGUUCCUAGCUCAAAAGGGUCAUAAAAUCUCUUUCAUUUCCACCCCAAAGAACCUCCAACGUCUCCCAAAACAUCCUCACAUAGACUUUGUUUCCUUUCCCUUACCUCACGUCGAUGGCUUACCACAAGGCACUGAGUCAACCUCCGAGUUGCCGAUUCACAAAGUCCCUUUCCUCAAAAAGGCCUACGACAAACUCGUUCCCUCUUUAACUCAGUUCCUCAAAGAAUCAACCGACAUCAAAUGGAUCGUCCAUGACUUCCUCUGCCACUUGGUUCCACGAGCUGCGACUCAACUCGGUGUCAAAUCGGUCUUCUUCACCAUAAGCGCCGCCACUUCGCUGGCCUUUUUCGGGCCGCCCUCUGAGUUGCUCGGCGGUAGCCGCCAGCGACCGGAGAACUUCACCGUCGUCCCUGAAUGGUUCGACUUCGAAAGCAACGUCGCUUAUAAGUUGUUCGAGAUCAAGGGUCAUUGGGAAUGCAUGGACGAGGACGCCAGAGAUCCUCAGCAUCUUGCAGAGAUGAUUCAAUGCUGCGAUAUCGUCGUUUCAAGAACCUCACCCGAGUUCGAGUCCGACUCACUGAAUCUACUCAGAAAGCUUUACGGGAAACCGGUUCUUCCUAUCGGUUUCUUACCCAUUUCUCCACAAGACCUUCAUAGCGUGAGCGCAGAUGAAAGAUGGGGAACUUUGAGUCAGUGGUUGGACAGCAAGGAAGAGAACUCCGUCCUUUACAUCGCAUUCGGUACGGAAUUGAGUCUGACUCAGGAUUUGAUGCACGAGUUAGCUCGUGGGAUAGAGAAAUCCGGGUUGCCCUUUAUUUGGGUCAUUAAAGAUAGCCCACUUGUUGAAGGGCAAUUGGGUUCGGAAAUAAUUCCACCUGGGUUUGAAACCCGAGUAGCAGGGCGAGGUUUGGUGUGGAGGGGUUGGGUCCCACAACUUAGUAUACUGGCCCACUCUUCGGUGGGCGGGUUCUUGACUCAUUGCGGUUGGAGCUCCGUUAUCGAGGUGCUCGGGUUUGGGAAGCCAUUGGUCUUGUUUGCCGGGGCAAGUUCGGAUCUUGGGUUGAUUUCGAGGUUGCUACAUGGGAAGCGGGUCGGGUUGGAAGUGAUUACACUCAAAUAUUGA